AUUUCUAAUCCUUAAACAGUUGACAUCUGGUAAGGUAAAGCCGUUUUAGUCCUAUAAAUACCUUGGCCACAACACCAGCACUAUUUAUUUGGAAUUUUCAGGUGGUUUCCAGCAACGAUCCAAGACAUUCAAGGCUCAUUCAUGUCCAACACUUUAUAUUCGCCAGUCUCGGCGAGUAGUAGUGACAAGAGAUUAUUUCUUCGGCCAUCGCAACCUAUUCUAUAUAGCUCCAAUAGUACUGCAAGUAUUUCUGCAAGUCCUAUAUUUGACCCCCCUCGCAAACGGCAAUCGCACUAUGGGACUCGUAGGAAUUCCGGUUUCACCAAUCCCCUACCUGUUCAUGCUUUUCAUUCACAGCAAAAACCACUACAAAGCAAUGAUCACUCGUUAUCAGAUACACAACGCUUUUCUAUUGAUCAUUUUGGCACCAGUGCUACUUAUCAUCAGACGAUGACAGAUAAAGAGUGCUAUUACCGCAACGAACGUUUAGAUUAUGGAAAUGUGAUGAGCGUUACUGCUGAAAGCGUGGAUUACAACAAUAGUUCUGAUACCAUUCACCGGCAGCCAUUGAGUCGCUCUCGUAGCACAUUGGGCCAGGCAAAGCUGUUUGCAUCCACUGUAAUCAAUGGCAUUGGAAAACGGCUCUCCAUCAUACCACAUCGCUCAAUAUCUGCAGGAGAAAACCUCAAUGGAUGUGGCUACACCAAUGCAGCAACUACUGACCCAACAACAGCACGAACGAAUAGAAAUAGCUUUGGUAACUUUGCAGAGCAAUAUAGCAGCCAUUCCAAUCCUUAUGUUGCGAAAAACCAUUUGCGGGCAGCUUCAAGCCCUGAUCUGGUCACUGCCCGCGCAGCAUUUGAUGACGGCGUACAUUCUUCGUCCUGGAACGCAUCGCUGGCUGUGCGACCACAAGUAGUGGAUCAUCACCAGCCUCAUAACCACGCCCAUCAGAAUAAUGACAAAGUUGACAAUCAGUUUUCUAACCAUUGUAACUAUAAUCGCACAUCCAUGUCUGUUGAACCUGACUAUCCAACUUUAACAGUUACUUCCAACUCAUCCUCGUUACAUCCAGUAUCCAACAUUCAGCCUUUUACUCAAGCGUAUACACAGCCUGAGAUGCCUACUUCUCGCAAUUCACUCGAUACAUCAUUACUGCACAGUAAUCAUGGCCGUCGGCAUGCAUCGACCUCUGCUCGGAUUUCCAUAGACGGUAAUAACAAUAACACUCGCUCUUUCUCACUAGGUAAUAAAAGUGCAACUGCACCCACUAGUAGUGGUUCACGAGCAUGGAACUUUUUAAAAUCUUUCGGUUCAUCAAGUAAGCUUCCUCAGAAACUUGGGUUUUCGUCAGAUCAUGCUGGAGACCGAGCUACAGACAUGCAUGGUUCACAGUCGAGCCUUUCUACCGUUCCAGAAGAUCGUCAACAGAAUCACUGCUCUGGUGUCAAUCAUCAUCGAUUGCACACUAUGGAUGCUUCUGUUUUGACUGCUAUGGACAUGCAUGCGUCCGCCAACUCUAGUCCAACUCUGUCAUUUUCCUCUACUGGAAAAGCCAAGACUUCAUUGCCACAUUCAGUGCCAAAUGUUGUUCACACCACGACUACUCCAACUUCGCCAGUAGCAACUGCUAUGUCUUUGAGAUCUGACAGUAUAGAAGGCUCUGUAGCAUCCACAUCGUCUACACUUUUAGCAACCCCUACACAUUUGGUACAUACGAUUACUCCAUCCUCAACACCUAAUGCCGCUUUGAAAUCUCGUAAAUUUAAUACUCCCAAACUGCAGUUGAAUUUAACGCCUGGAUCCCCAGUUCUUCCAUCUCCAGUGGAGACAGAGAAUAUUGGAUUAAAGCGUGAGAUUGAGGAACUACGAGAAUCUCUACGUAGGGAGAUUCUUGGUCGUAGCUUAGUACAGCACGAAUUGGAUUCAGCUAUAGAGCAGUUGGUGAUCACUACAAACGAAAACAUUUUUGUUCAAGAGUAUUUGGAGACCAAGGCAAAGUAUAUAGCCAUUCAAGCUCGUGUUCUAUCACUUGAGCAACGUUGUAACCAUGCAAACUAUGGGUGUGGGUGCGUUAAUUCACCUAUGUCAGUAUCGCAUUCCGUCAAUAGUCCAAUCUCGAAUCAGAUUUGUGCCAGCAAUAACUCGCCCAAUCCAGUACCGUUUUCUUUAGGGUCCAGCACGGAUAAGCGCAACUCUACGUGUAGUGCAUGUGUUGAGUAUAAUCUCCAAGGAUCAUCAAAUGGGAUUCCUGUACAUUGUGGCUGUCCUCCUGUACGGCAUGCUCGCUCUCGUAAAGCCAAGAUUUCUGGUGGUAAAAGACAUGGAAACAGUAAUGUGGGUACGAUAUGCAGUACAAAUGGCUGCACUUCCAACCAUUGCUGCAGCAACAUUACAAUUUGUAGUUGUGGUAAUCAUCCUUGCAAGCCGCGCACCGGGUCUUCAUCAAGUGAAUCGUCGUCCACUGUCAACUCGGACACCACCGUUAAUGCAUUGUCAUCAACCUGCCAUUUACACCGCUGCAAUGCCCAUCUUCAAAAUCAUUGCCAUUUACCAGAUUGUCCUUGUGCACUACACACUACUAAACAGCUCAGCUCGCCAACCGCCGUACCUCCAUGUCCACUCUCUUGUGGACGAUCACACAUUCAAUCCGCUCGCAAACGAGCAGGAUGGCAGUCUAGCAUUUUCUUUCCUUCCAGCUCUGCUACUGCCGUAACUGCUUCAUCGUCUGCACCCACUUUGCCGAUCGCGCAUGCACCCAUAUCUACUAUAGCAGUACAACCUCAUUCAAAUGGAACAGAGUCGUUGUCGCAUUUAUCCAAAUGUCCUCCCACCCCAAGUACUAAUAUGCGACAUAAACAUUCAUUCUCUUUAUCAUCGUACAAGCUCUCAAAACUGAUGCUGGCACAUCCGUCUAGCCCCGAAACGUGCGAUGGUGAUGCCAGUGACGUGUCGACUGUAAAAGGAGGAUCUUCAAGCAAGAGUAAAAACCGUUCCAGUUGUUCUGAAAUUAAUAUAAAUGCUCCUCUACCUUCAAUAGUCGCUGGCAGUACUAUCUAUUCAUCUCGAUCUCCACAACUCACUCUAAUCUGGCCCACAACUUGAUCGUUUUUAAUUGUUCAUCUUGCACCUACCAAACCAAUCUACAAGUGUAUUUUUCUUUGGACAGUCACAAUUUUAAUAUUUUCUUGCAUUCAAUUACUUUUUAAAAACGUUCAUGCACAUAAAUACUCUCUCAUUC